GUGAUACUGGUCAAGGGGUAAGAGACUGGAUCAAGCAAGUUUUGAAGCAAGAUUUGUCUUUCCAGCAUAUAAAAGUCAUUUAUCCAACAGCUCCUGCCAGACCAUAUACACCAAUGAGGGGGUCUUUGUCCAAUGUGUGGUUUGACAGAUACAAGAUCUCUAAUGAUUGCCCAGAACAUACUGAAACCAUUGAUAUGAUGUGUCAAGCACUUAACAGUUUGAUUGAUGAUGAAGUUAAAAAUGGCAUCAGGAAAAACAGGAUACUGUUGGGUGGUUUUUCAAUGGGUGGAGGCAUGGCUUUGCAUUUGGCUUACAGACAUCACCAAGAGGUGGCUGGAGUAUUUGCACUUUCAAGUUUUCUCAAUAAGAAUUCAGCUGUUUACCAGGCCCUGGAGAAGAAUGAAAGAGAACUCCCAGAGUUGUUUCAGUGUCAUGGAACUGCUGAUGAACUGGUUCUGUAUUCUUGGGGAGAAGAAACCAACAAGACUUUAAAAGCUCUGGGAGUAAUAACUACAUUUUUUAGUCUACCAAACCUUUAUCAUGAACUAAGCAAAAGUGAGCUAGAAAAACUGCGAUCUUGGAUUUUGAAAAAAUUGCCAGAAGAGCCUUGAUGAAAGAUCAAUAAUGAAGAAUGCCAUGAUAUAGCAAAAUAGUAUUGUUUCUUACUACUAUGUGGAGUGACAAUGUCUGCAAAAAUACAUAAAAUUGGAUAUUGAUAAUUUUAUAUAGUGUAUUUCAAUUCUUCAUUUUUUAUUUCUGUAUUUCAAAUGAUAUCAAAUAGUCUUUCUCAUGUUGAAAAAGUUGUAGUACAUGCCAGGACCUGUCUAUAUAUUUCAGUUACUUGAAAUUGAUUAUCUGUAUGAUUUUAUUU